AUGUUUCAUUCCGAGUUCUCCCACCUCGGCAACCCAGGUCCGACCCACAGUCGCUACACGCUUCCAGGAGAGCUCUACCCCAGCACCAUCCACGAGUGCUUGUCCCGCCACAUCAUGCCCCCGAUGGUUAUCGAGGCCCAGGGUGCAGGAGCCGGGCGAAAGAGGAAACGGCAGGAUGGACUCGCGGCGUCCAGCAGUACGCACUCCGUCACCGACUUUGGGCACAAGUUCUUUGAGCUUAUACACCGCUUCAAGAUCUCCCUCGACCGUGACCAGCUCGCGGAUGUAAUCACCACACAUCUGUUGCCUCACCUUGGCAGCGACGGCCAUGACGCUGCCUUUGUGACUUCCUGGACCGAAGAAAUCCUCGUGCAAGACCAUGUACACUGGAGCGUGCGACCAGACGCGAGCGUCCCAUCGGACGGGCACACUCCCUAUCACUACCGUCUCGAUCGUGAGGAACCUCGGCAGCUUGCCAAAGAUCACGGAUCUCACACGUGCAUCUCAACUCGUGUUGGCGGCGGUGCACUUGGCAACACCGGCGUUGUUCGCCUCCAGGCCGCUCACCUGGCAAACAUGUUCGUUUCCUCAAAGCACGUGAGGAGUGUAACCUCAGGCCAUCGGGUUUGGGACUACGCCGAGGACGUGGGCUCUGGUACCAGCGGCUUGGCCUCUUGUCCUGUUCGUCCACCCUCUACCGAGGAGCGCCCAGUGGUGUGUCUAUACGAAAACAAGACAGCACUGCUAGACGCCGAUUUCUUCCGCCUGGUAACUGCCUUGAAGCAACAAAUUGACGGUGACCCGCCCUUGGAGUUCACAUACAAUGGACGUGGCAAGUUUAGUGUGCGCCGAGGAGCGACUGUCACCACUUUGGGCCCCGCCAUGGUCCUCGUCUUGUCACAAGUGUUCGAACAACUGCACGUGAACAAGGGCGUCUACUGUCUGUUGACAAACUACAACGUCUACAUCCUCGUCAAGCUCACGGGCAAGAAUGAUCUAUGCGUGUCCGACUUGUUCUUCCGCGACCCUCGCGCCAUGGCUUUGUCGAGGACUCGGCACGACUUGUCAACACUUCCUGGCUCCCUGUUGGAUGAUCUCCACCUCUCGCUGAACCCUGCCUCUGUGAAAUGCGUUGGGCACACCAGCAUCGACGCCCGACAUGCGACUCCCACACAACCCAUGUCUUACGUUCUUCCCGUGCUCGUUGCACUCCUACUUUUGGACGAGCGUGUGGGCGACAUCUGGCACGCGGAUGCUGUAACACACGCGAUGAACCUCAAGUACAAGGACAUCGCGGCCAAGAGGGUGAAACUUCCACAAGCGGAGAGCAAUCGCGAUGCGGCCCAGGACAACCCCACACACAUGUCAUCCUCUGGGCUGGGCGGUUCCGUGAUGCAACGCAUGUCCCACUCGGACGUGCCCGAGAGCCACGACACCUCCUCCCUGCGCUCCCGUUUAACGCCCCCAACGAUGCCCAAAGACCGACCACUUGGUUCUCAAGUGCCGACCGCAACUCUUAUCACUCCCCCGUCAUCAUCCCACACCAUGCCUACUGAAUCAACUUCCUCCAGCUCGAAUUCAUCUGACUCCUCAACGGUCAGGUUCCUUCCUGCGGAGGGCCGAGACGAGGACGACCUUGAGCGGCAAUGGUUCGACACCCUCGCGGUCACCACCCAGGUCGCCGCAUCCGCCCCUCUCACCUCCAACCCAGCGGUGACUGUUGGGGGUCUCAUUGGGCAAGGAUGGCUGUGGGAUGUUUACGAGGGGUCUAUAUCGACUCAAAACGGAACUCGACACGUGGUCGUAAAGAUCUGUGAUUCAUCGUCAAUCCUGCACGACGACGAACGUUUGGAGCAACAGCUUGAUUACGUGUAUAACGAAGCACGUAUUCUGAAGCAGCAUUUGGGUGACCUUCAAGGCACCUCGGUUCCAGUCUUCUUUGGACUCUACCGUACCAACAGUGUCGACUCGCGCGGUCUCUCACUGUGCCACAUUGCCGUGCUAGAGCACUGUGGCGUCCCCGCUGCUGGCUCCUCUCGUGGAAUCAGUGCUCUCAAUCGCGACGACAAACGGAGUUUGUGUACCCUCUUUGACGCCAUCCACGCGCGCCGUGUGUGUCACCACGAUAUCCGGCCUCGUCACAUUCUCCGCCGUCCUGACGGAUCUUUGGUCCUCAUCGAUUUCGACCACGCUCAAGCCGACGCCACCGACCGCAUGAUCGCCAUGGAGGACGACGAGCUUCACGCACUGCUAGAGGUCUAA